UUUAAGCAACCGUUGGUCCUAUUUCUAACUUGCAGGUGACAGCUAUUAAUCAAUCACUGGCAGGUGCGCGCGCGGAACUAAAUAUAAACCUCUCUUUAGGGGGAAGCGUUUCAGAGACGUACCAGGACAAUACAUUGCUUCCGGGCAUGUUAGUUCGUAGCAACGUUCGAGUCGCGUAAAGUGGCGUUUCUCUUGUUGCAGUAUGGCCGAGACCACGGACAACCAGCAGAGUUAUGAGGAGAUGUUCGCCGACAGAUUCUCAGCGGACGAUAAAGAAUACCAACAGUACGUGACCCGUCCAGCGGACCCCCCACCCAUUGUCGAGGACUGGAGGAGUCGUGGGGGUGGAAACCGAGGCAGGGACAGGUACCAGGACCGUCGAGGCCGAGGUUGGGGGGGAGACCGGGGUUGGCGAGGGCAUGACCGGGACCGAGACAGUGGCCGAGACCGAGACAGUUGCCGAGACCGGGACCGGGACCGAGACUGGGACAGUGGCCGAGACCGGGACCGAGACAGGUACUCCGGGCAUGGAAGUGGUCAUCAAUCGGGCCCCAACCAAGGGUAUAACUCUUAUCAGAGACCACAAUAUGACCGCUACUGAUCUCUACUCUAAACUCUCAGGUGUUGUCAGUGUUAAAUAUUCAGUAUUGCAUCUGUCAUUGCAAUACCAUUAUGUGGUCAUGUUUAACAAUUUGUUUGUGACUCAUUGUCUCAGUCUUCUAAGCAAGGCCUGAGCACGAUCAAUAUUCAUAUUUUACAGUUAAUCAUUGAAAUGGUUUGGAACUUUUUUUUAUUUAUUGUUAAAAACAGAUUUAUUGUCAAACUUGAAAAUGCAAAUACGUACUGCAGAUCUUUUUUCUUCGGCAGAAAAGUAAAGAUCCUGUUUGAUUUCCACUUAAUGUUUCUAUACCUCAACAGUCUAAUUAUUUCCCAUAUUCCUGUAUACUGCCUGUAAUCUCAUUUAAUCUGUUUACUCCAUUUUUGUGAAUGAUAACAAGGACAUGCUUGCAGAUUUCAGUACUGAAACUCAUGAGAGAGUUUCUUCGUGUUCAAAUAGAUUUGCGGCUAUACAGCGACACAUGCUUUGAUAUUGUAGUAUUGGAAAUUAUACAGUACUGUUGCAGACUGUAAAUCAGACUAAAUCUUUUUUUAAUGCAGCUUUAUUUUUCUGUGUCAUUAUGUAAGGAUACUGAUGAACUGUUUUCAUUAAACAUGUAUUUUCUUAA